AUGACCCCCAACGAACAACAGCCCCUGCUGGGCAUCCCCGCGCCCCCAGUGUUCCCGGACGAGGUGCCCGACGCCGAAGCAGCCACGCAACCGCCCGCCAACGAGACCAAAGCCCUGACAUGGACGAGCGCUUAUAUUCUCGUGGUCUCCCGAGUUAUCGGCAGUGGCAUCUUCGCAACGCCUGGAUCGAUCGUCAAGUCCGCCGGCAGCGUGGGCCUGUCUCUGGUGGUAUGGGGGGUGGGCACCGUCCUCGCCGCCUGUGGCCUGGCUGUCUCGUUGGAGUAUGGAUGCAUGUUGCCCCGAUCGGGGGGUGAUAAGGUCUACCUGGAAUAUACCUAUCCCCGUCCACGGUUUCUCGCGUCCACCCUGAUCGCCGUCCAGGCGGUUGUUUUGGGGUUUACCGCUAGCAAUUGCAUCGUCUUUGCCAAAUACACCUUGUUCGCGGUCAACAUCCACCCCACCGAGCUACAGCACAAACUCCUGGCGCUCGGCCUGCUCACCGUGGUCACGGUGAUGCAUGGCUUCUUCCUGCGGACGGGGAUCUGGGUGCAGAAUGUGCUGGGAUGGCUCAAGAUCUUCCUCGUGGGGGCGAUCGCGCUGACGGGGAUCUGGGUGAUCCUCGUGCGGCCGCCCAGCGAGACCGAUGCCUCGUCCGGGGGAUCGCGCGAGCGGGGGGUAUUCACCUGGGAUUCGCUGUGGGGGGACUCGAACUGGAGCUGGAAUCUGCUGUCGACCUCGCUCUUCAAGGUCAUCUACUCGUACGCCGGGCUGAGCAACCUGAACAACGUCCUGAACGAGGUGCGCAACCCGGUGCGCACCCUCAAGACGGUGGGUCCCGCCGCACUGGCGACAGCCGGAGGGCUGUACUUCCUGGCCAAUGUCUCCUACUUUCUCGUCCUUCCCCUCGACGAGAUCAAAAGCAGCGGGGAGCUGGUCGCCGCGCUGCUCUUCGAGCGGCUGUUUGGCAACCAGGUCGGCCGGACCCUGCUGCCUCUGGCGAUUGCCAUCUCGGCCGCGGGCAAUGUCAUGGUCGUCACCUUUGCCCUGGCCCGCGUGAACCAGGAGAUCGCCCGCCAAGGGUUCCUCCCCUGGUCGACGGUGCUGGCCUCCUCGCGACCCUUUGGCGCGCCGCUGGGAGGCCUGCUGGUGCACUACAUCCCCUCCGUCUUGGUGAUUGCCCUGCCGCCGCAGGGGGACGUCUACAACUUCAUCCUGGACGUCGAGGGCUACCCGGGCCAGUUCUUCAGUCUGGCGGUCACGCUCGGGCUGUUGCUCCUCCGCUACAAGGAGCCCGAUCUUCCGCGUCCGUUCAAAGCCUGGCUACCGGCUGUGUGGCUGCGUGUGCUCAUCUCUUUCGUGCUGUUGGCCUCGCCCUUUUUCCCGCCGGCGGGCGGCCAGGGCGAUGUAGGCUUUUUCUACGCAACCUACGCGAUCGUGGGGACUGGCGUGAUCGUGUUCGGCGUGUUAUAUUGGUACGUGUGGACGGUCCUCCUCCCACGGUGGGGCGGUUAUCAGCUCGAGGAAGAGAAGACGGUGGCGGAGGACGGGGCCAUCCAUCGCAGAUUGAUUCGCGUCUACGAGUAG